CACACUGGUCGGCCUCAGGUUCAACCGUCUGUCGGCUCCUCGUGUGUGGAUGUGUCUUUUUACUUUUUUUUUUAAAGACUGUUCAAUGAAAACUAGUGGAGUUCACUCUUACCUGAAACCAAGCUGGUGGCUUUCUCACUUCCUCGUCGCUCCACCAUCAGCUCUACCAUCAGCUCCACCAUAAGCUCCAUCAGCUCCACCAUCAGCUCCAUCAUCAGCUCCAUCAUUGGGCUGUAGUCAUUUGCGGGAACAGACGGGGUCAACAGACGUCGUAAGAAUAAAACAGGACCAGGAUGUGGACCUUAUUUGUUCUUUAUAUCCUGGGACUAAACAUCUGUCAGACUACUGCGGACGACACUUCAACACAAAUGUAUUAUUUCAAACUGAUCAUAGAGGAAAGUGUCAUCGCAAACAUCACUACGAGACUGAAACCUUUUGUGAACAGAGACCUGGAGGUCAAUGACCUGAAAAUGACAACAAUCUGUGAGAAGGUGUCGGCCGGCGCCGAGUGCCGCUGCCUGUCAGACUCCAGAUGGAGCGACGCAGUUUGUCAGGAAACUGAUGGGAAAUGUUGCGGCGACACAAACUGCACCUUCACCGACAAACCUGCUCGCAUGUGUGUUUCUAAAGAAACAGUUGUUGCCAGUGGAUCCAUCACUUUAAGUGGGGAGGAUUAUUACAAUUGUCUCAAAGAAAAGGCCUCUGAGAUAUUUAAGCAGUGUAAUAAUCAUGUGUUACAAGAGAUGAAAACAGUGUACAGCACUUUGGCCGGAUUCGACAUGUUAACAAUUACCAAAUACAGGGUUGGAAGCGUCAUCGCAGAAUUUGAAAUGACCUUUGCUCACAAGGUCGAACAAGAGCAGUUGAUGAAGAAGACGGAACUCCUGAGCGUCGCUCUGUCGGCGUCGGUGGAUUUGGAGACGACAGGUGUUGUCCGUUUAAUGAUGCCGGCCAACAGCCCGGUGUGCUACCAUGACAAGCCCACGCUCACCUGCACAUCCAAGGAGGACCUGAAAACACUGCCGGUGUGGCAGCUGACCAGAGAGGGCAAGGUGUUUGAGAUAUUUACUGGCACAGAGUCCAGUGUGACAACGGCGACGCUGGAAACCAGAGUCAUGCUAAAGAACAUAUCAGAGCUCUGGAAAGGAGAGUACACAUGUAUGUACCAACAACAAUUGAGCUCAAUCAACAUAAUUCACAAAGCCAGCGCUGUGAUGGACAUAUCGCUCCUGCCCGGCGUCGCCCUCACCAUGGCGCCGGCAUUUCCACGCUGCAGAAACGGUUCCACUUCCCUGAAAGUAAGAGUCAAAUGUGAGCUGGAGAGCGACAAGGAAGUGUACGACGUGAAAUGGACCGGCCUGAACCUCGUGGCUGGUCCUUUUCAAGGAACUUACGAUGACUACGCAAGUGAUGUCAUUGUUAACUGUAACGAAACCCCGGAUAAACCCCGGGUAACGUGCACUUUGAAGAACAGGUGCAAGGAAGAGAGAAAAGCUUCGUUAAUCGUCAACGUCAUAUACGAAACAAAUCAAUUCUGUGCAGCUGAGGGUGAUUGGGAGGACACCAAAGCUGGAUUCCCUGCACUGGUGAAGUGCAUCAACGGCGCUGGACAUAGAGAACGGAAAUGCACACACGGGCCGACACAAGCGACAUGGGAACCGGAGGUUUCAACAUGUGUGAAAGAGGAAGUGAACCACGUGCUGGAACAGGCAAACAUUGUUGACAUUGGUCUUGGCUCAGUCGAUGAGAAUGCUGCGAAUGUAUUUUCCCUCCUUGAGAAUGUCACGAAGAACUCAACGACUAUCAACACGUUCGCCGACAUAAGUGCAUCUGUUCAAGUCCUCUCCAAAUUGAGUCAAAAGAUAAGCUCCAUAAAUACUGACUCCUCAGCAGAUGACUUUCUGGAGUCAUCCAGCAAUAUGCUGGAUAAAUCUCUCAACGAAUCCUGGGCAUCGGAGGUGGGAGAAGGCGCCAUCUCAUUGGCUGAGAGCUAUCUGGAUGCCCUUGAGUAUUUGAUUCAGAAAACCAACGUAACGCGUGUCUCUAAGAAGAAAAACGUAGAGCUAGCCGCAUCCGAUUGCCCACGAGGGUCGAAAUGCCUGAACACGGUGUUCAAUACCGACGUCGUCCUCGUUAGCGCCGACCCCGGCGGUGUCAAGACCGCCGGGUUCAAAGAACUGGAGAACUACUUGCCCAACGAAGAUGAGACGUACGAGCCGAACAGCAUCGUCGUGUCGGUGACGACGGAAAAGAAACACGUGGAUUCGGUCGAGGUUCGAAUUAACUUCUCGUUGAACAGGCCGAGGCCUCACAACGUCGACAUGAAGUGCGUCUCGUGGGACAGCGCCACCCGGAGGUGGUCGACCGAAGGCUGCGAAUGGCAGGGCGCUUCCGACGAGGGACUUUGCGUCUGCAAACAUUUGUCCUCCUUCGCCGUUCUCAUGUCGCGGUACCCGGUGAACAUCGGCGGUCUCAGCGAGCUGACCUUCGUCGGACUGUCCGUGUCCGUCGUAUCGCUCGUUCUCACCCUCGCGAUAGAAGUGAUCAUCUGGAGCGCCGUCGUGAAGACCGAUACGUUAUAUCUGCGCCAUACUGCCAACGUCAACAUUUGUCUGUGUUUGCUCGUUGCGGAUUGUUGUUUUUGGCCUCUUUUCAGCUCGGCGACCAACAAAGACAUGUGGUGUCGGAUCUUCGUGGCGUUGAAGCAUUUCUGUUACCUGGCCAUGUUCUUCUGGAUGCUGUGUCUGAGCAGCAUACUGCUUCAUCAGGCAAUCUUCACGUUCCAUGCUAUGGGCAGGACAACAAGCCUGAGGUUCUCAUUGGUCCUGGGCUACGUGUGUCCUUUGCUGAUUGCCGUCAUCACGUGGCUUUCCUACGAUAACGGUGCCGAAGGCGAGUACUACUCCAAGGAAACCUGCUGGCUGUGUUACGCCGGCCUCAUGAAAGGCUCCAUCCAUGCGUUCGUGAUCCCAAUCGGUGUGAUCGUCUUCUUCAACGUGUUCUCCAUGGUGAUGGUCAUCAUGAAGCUUUUGAAUCGCCCAACGACUCCAGAGAAAUAUAACGAAAAAGAAAAAAAGGCCACCGUGACCGUCAUGAGGACGGUUAUUCUUUUGACUCCGAUCUUCGGCGUGACUUGGAUGUUUGGGUUUGCAGUAAUGCUUCUUGACCUCACGUCUGGGCCCAUCGUCGUCAUGGUUCACUACGCCUUUAACCUGCUGAACACAUUCCAGGGUUUGUUCAUUUUGGUCACCACAUGCCUGGCGGACCAACCGACCCGUGAAGCACUGCUGAAACAUAUAAAGAAACAUGCACCGAAAUCGACGACCGACAGCACCAGAAACUUAGUCUCAACUUGGAAAAAGUGAAAACCGGCUCAAAUAGGUGCACUCUUAUCGAAACAAAUCAGAUUUCACACAUAAAACCAUAGAUAAUAGCUUUGCAGCCACAUCGUCUCUACUGAUUGUUGUUUGAUUUAUUGCCUGUGAUACAAGUUAAAUUAUUGUAAUGUUUGUUAAGUAGAUAUCCGUGUUUUUAACAUAUUCUCA